AUGGCUGAAGAGAACGUUGAUUUGGGAUUCGACCCAACUUUGAAGAAGAAGAAGAAGAAACCAACAAAGGCUGUUGAAGAAAGUGGUAACGAGACCACCCCUGAAGUUGACGAUGUUCUCUCUGGGUUGAAAAAGAAGAAGAAGAAACCAGCUAAAGUGGACGUUGGUGGCGAUGAAUCUAGUGGAACACCAGUUGAUGAGCUCACAGAUGCAUUGGGGGAGUUGAAAUUAAAGAAGAAGAAGAAGAAAGCUGUCACCGCUGAUGAUUUCGAUAAGCAAUUGGAAAAGGCUGGUGUAUUGGAUGAGACCAACGUUGAACGUGAGAGUUCCGUUGAACCUUCAACACAGACCCAAUACGGACUUUCGUAUGAAGAACUGCUAGAUAGAUUUUUCACCAUCCUUAAGGAGAAUAACCCAGAGCUUGCCGGUGAAAGAAGUGGAACCAAGUUUAGAAUCCCACCCCCAAUCUGUCAACGUGAGGGUUCCAAGAGAACUGCUUUUGCCAACGUACAGGAAAUUGCAGAGAAGCUACAAAGAUCUCCAGAGCAUCUUAUUCAGUACUUAUUUGCAGAGUUGGGUACAUCUGGUUCUGUUGACGGUCAAAAGAGAUUGAUCAUCAAAGGUCGUUUCCAACCAAAGCAGUUGGAGAACGUUUUGAGAAGAUACAUCAUCGAGUACGUCACUUGUAAGACGUGUAAGUCCAUUAACACUCAGUUGAAGAAGGAGAGUUCGAAUAGAUUGUUCUUCUUGGUCUGUAACUCUUGUGGUUCAACGAGAUCUGUCUCCUCCAUCAAGACCGGUUUCCAAGCCCAUGUUGGAAGAAGAAAGAAGGUCUAA